UGCGUUUCUCACCAGCUUUCAUCGUCUAAUUUACGUUGUUGAACACUUCUUUUCAUGGUUGGCGGAGACAUAAUCGGAAAAAGAUGUUUAUCGACUUGAGAUGCUGUCAGCAGCUCGUUGAGCCUAAGCUGUUCGCGCAACAUCAUCAGAACACUGAACAGAAAUAGACGUCACCCCAAUUCUCACCAUUACCCCGAAAAAUUAUUUUGGAUUAUCAUUGAGUCUAGGCAAGCUUUUGAUUAUUCUCCACAACCACCAACAACCACCCACUGCUCUGCCUGCGUCUGCCUACACCCUUCCACGAGGUUUCAUUCCGCUUAUUCCUGCAAACAACGCAUACAACGCGAGAUACGAACUUUCUGUUCCUGGACCCGUUGUUCACGGUUACACACGGUAAACAAACAAACAUCCGCCAUGUCGUCUGGUCCAACUUCUCCUCCAAUAUCACCCUCAGCGUUAUACGCAUACAAACUCCGCGACGACGGAUACGAUGUGGCUCUUCUUCCACCGAGUCCCAGAUCCUCGACUCUACUUGUAGCACCGAAACCGACCUAUCCUCCACCUCUAAAUACAGAUUAUGGCGAAGAUCUUUAUUCGUCGCCCUCCGAUUCUGAAUCAAUUCACGACGACCUGCUUUCAUCACCUCCUCCGGUAUCCUUGCUACCGUAUGCAGCACCCAGUCGACCAUCUUCUGCUACGGGAUUCCUAUUUUCUCGUUCCGAACCUAACUCCGAUCCACAACAUCCACCGUCUUUGUCGGGCAUAACAGAACCUUAUCUUUCGCCAAGUACAUUAUCUAUGUCUACGCCACCUCCAUCAUCUAUGUCAACCCCAGGUCCCUCGAAUUCAGCCUCCUUCUCGUCCAAAUCGUCCAAAUCAUCUAACGUCCCGCGAAGACAAUCUCUUCUCGACCCUCGGGCAAGCAUAGGUGCAAAAAGCAGGAUGAUCUCCUCUCCUCCACCGCGUAUGCAUAUGAUUCGCGUUCCUUCAGAAGAAACUCGUGUACUUGCGCGCGCUCAACAGCAGACUAAUUUCAAGUUCUCACAUCCUAAUUAUCCCGCGCGUGGAUCGGUGGUGCUUUAUCGCUUAGAUGACCCUACGCAGGACGUGUUGAAUAUGCGGGACGUGGAAGCAUUGCUUCCACCAAAUCUUCCAUUUGGCAGUGGGGGAGGGGGAAGGAGCAGACAAGACCGAUCUGGCUCUGGGUCGAUGACUAUCUCGAAAUCUAGCAUGGACGGGGUAGGGUCCGUGGCAGGAUCCAUGAGGUCGUUUUCAUCCAGGCACUCUGUCAUGUCAGGAGACUCAAGGAUUCCUCUCAUUCGUUCCGAUUUCCGUGAUGGAUCUCACAGAAAAGGGCAGGAGAUGCAACUAGUGGCUUACGCGUAUCAGCCUGACGCUCUACUUGACGGAGAGGACGACGGAGAGGACGAUGAUUGGCUACACGACCCGAAAGUGUCGUUCUACGCUUCACCUCAGUCUAAAGCAGAAGUCGGAGAAAACAAGGGCAAGGACUCCGAAUUAUCACCGAGCUUGAGGAUGGGAAAAUCGGGAUACGUAGAAGAUUCGAUAUCAAUGAGAGGACUAGGGAAUUACUUCACGCUCUGGUUGUUGUUGGUUGGUCUGGUCGCAUUGUUUAUUUUUUAUCCUGUGGUCACGGAGGCGGGGAGGAGUGAUUUGUCGGACUCGAUUGUGAAUAAUCCGAACAUUAAUUCGACGGGGCAGGCCACGGCGAGGUAGUUAGAGUGUACAGAAACUACAUAAGAUACCCUACAUACAUACAUAAUUCUCAGUUUUGAUUGAUAUAAUUUAAA